AGGUUUUGGUUUUUCGAUCAUUGUUCAAUACGUAACUUGCUCCAUUUUACUGACAAUUAACGUAUACAAUUUAUCGAGUGCCACAACGGUCGACACUAUGGUUGUCAUGAGACUUCUUUACUUGUCUUGUGCCCUCGUGCAAAUGUUUAUUUAUUGUUAUUUUGGAAACAAGCUAACAUCCAAAAGCGAAGAAUUUGCUCUAGGUCUUUUUGCUUCGAACUGGACAGAUUUGAGCAUAAAAUCAAAGAAAAAGAUCUUGUUUAUGAUAACAAGAAGCAUGAAAUCCGUCUCAAUUAGUAAAUUAUUUUACAUGGUUUUAUCUUUAGAUUCUUUUGUUAACAUAUUGAGGAUAUCCUACGCUGUUUUAAAUUUUAUGCGACGAAAUUUGGUCGUGUGCCAGACCGCCGGACUGCUGCUGACGAGGCAAAGCUUCGACGAGUUCAACGAGACGUUCUUCGUCGUGCUGUCGACCGGCUUUGCGUCUUUCAAAGGCAGCUGCGAUCUGUGGAACCGCGCGAAAAUCAUCCGACUCGUUGACAUGCUCUCCGAGCCAUUUUGUCUAGCUAGGUGCCAGCGCGAAUCAGCCAUUCAGAAGACGUACGACCAAAUGGGUAGGAAAAUCGAGAUAAUUAUGCUGUGCGUCGUUGAGCUCGCGGCAGUGAUCUUUCUUUUCGGGCCUCUCAUCAACCAUAGCCGAGAGCUACCCUACAAAGUCUUGCUGCCCUACGAUUUGAACGACACCCUGAUUUUCAGCUUGUCGUACGUUCAUCAAACCUUCAGCUGUAUCCUCGUCACUGCAGGCACCAUGACGAAUAAUGCCUUGAUCGUUGGCUUUAUGAUGCAGCUCUGCUCUCAGCUGGAUAUCUUGAAAUUGAGAUUUCGCAAAGCUUCGGACAAGAUCAAGGAGCAACUCGAGAAAGAGGUGGCAUCGGGAAAAUUGUCCAACCGUAGCAGUAGGCAGAUGGAGGUGCAAAUCAUCCGAGAACUGGCUCAGCAUCACUUGCAUGCCUACAACCUCGCCGAAACGUUGUGCGAUACGUUUUACGGUAUCAUAGUGGGUGAGUUUUGCAUCAACUCGUUGGUAAUUUGCGUGAGUGUGUACAAACUGUCGUUAAACGCCGGGACGAUACCCGAGAUACUCUUCAACGCGCUCUACCUCGUCUGCGUAACGGGCGAAUUUUUUGUCUAUUGCUAUUUUGGAAACGAAAUCACCUAUAAGAGCACGACGCUUUUUGAAGCUAUUGCUGCUAUCGACUGGAAUCCUAUGUCAAAAGAAUUUAAAAAAAACAUCAUUUUCAUUAUGAGUCGAGCUUCUAAACCGAUUUUCAUAUCUUGCGGCGCUUACGUCUAUCUAACGCUCGAAUCUUUUAUGGCUGUUGUCAAAUUAUCCUUUUCGGUUUUCAAUGUUCUCAAGUCCACUUUGUAGACUACUCUUGAUGUAACUGCAGGUUAUAUGUAUUGCAUGUAAAGUGUGAUUC